AUGUACCUCACUUUCCACCUCAGUCCUGGACCAUGGACCAGUCUGCUCACUCCAAACCUCUACACAGUGCAUCCUUGCUCUAAUCAAAUCAUCCGAUUCCUCGCGGUGCUUGUGAUCAGCGGCCACUGUAGACUCCAGGCCUUCCUCUUCCUCAUCAUCCUCCAUCUCAUUUCUACACCCAUCCCUCCAUCUGUCCCAGUCUCGCGGGAGGCCAGCCCAAUUAACCUGUUUAAACAGCCAUCUGAACGGCCCAUCCAUUCCAACGCUUGUCGGCAGAUUGCCACCUCCGCACAGCCCUCGCUCCCCCUCCCCCCCCUCACCCUUCUGCUCUGUCACUACUACACUGCUCGCCGCUCUCCUUUCAACACUUGUCACCUACUUCUUGUCAGACUGUCCGAAGGAAGACCGCGAGAAGGUCACAACUCCCCCCUCAGCGCUAACGGUUCCUCCUUGUCCUUGUCUUGUCGAAAGGUAGACGUCAAAUUUGAUGACUGCGCGGGAAACCGGACGGUGACCUUCCACAGCAGCGACCCGCGCUUCACCGCCCUGCUCAACGGCGCCAUCUACGUCCCGGAGGAUGUCCCGCUGUCCGACACGCCGGCCCAGUUCACGUUCAGCGCUCGUGGGCCGGACUCUGAGCUCUGGGAGACGGCGGUGAGGCUAUCAUCGCCGGCCCCUCCCUCACUUCAACCGAAUGGAAAAGAGAUCACACAGAACUCCAGCGCGGAUCCUCCCCCUGUCAUCCGGUUCCCAGCGUCUGGCCGCACUGCCUCGGGGCCCCUGCGCAGACACAAGAGGGACUGGGUGAUCCCCCCCAUCAACGUGGCCGAGAACUCUCGAGGACCCUUCCCGCAGAUGCUCGUCAGCAUCCGCUCGGACCAGGACCAGGACAUAUCCAUCCGAUACAGCAUCACCGGAGUGGGGGCCGACCAACCGCCCAACGAGGUCUUCAGCAUCGAGCCAGUGCUGGGCAAGAUGUUCGUGACCAAACCCCUGGACCGCGAGCACCGGUCGUCCUACCACCUGCGCGCUCAUGCUGUGGACAUGAACGGGAACCAGGUGGAAAACCCCAUUGACCUGUACAUCUUUGUCAUCGACAUGAACGACAACCGGCCAGAGUUCAAAAACCAGGUCUACAACGGCUCCGUGGAUGAGGGCUCCAAACCAGGGACGUACGUGAUGCAUCUGUCUGCAUUUGACGCAGACGACAACACCACGGCCAACGGCAUGGUGCGCUACCGGAUCCUGUCCCAGACGCCACACAGCCCCAUCCCCAACAUGUUCACCAUCAACAGUGAGACCGGAGACAUCGUCACCGUGGCGCCCGGCCUGGACCGAGAGAAAGUCUCCCAGUACACCAUCAUCGUUCAGGCCACAGACAUGGAAGGAAACCUGAACUUCGGCCUGUCCAACACGGCCACCGCCAUCAUCACCGUGACGGACAUCAACGACAACCCGCCCAUGCUGACCUCUCGAACCUUUUCAGGCGAGGUCCCGGAGAAUCGCGUGGACGUGGUGGUGGCUAACCUGACGGUGAUCGACGCAGACCAGCCGCACUCUCCCAACUGGAACGCCAUCUACCGGAUUAUCAGUGGAGACCCCACCGGGCACUUCACCAUACGCACUGACCCGGUGUCCAACGACGGCAUGGUGACGGUGGUCAAGCCCGUUGACUUUGAAAUGAACCGGGCCUUCAUGCUGACCGUCGUCGUGUCCAACCAGGCGCAUUUGGCCAGCGGGAUCCAGUCGUCACUCCAGUCCACCGCGGGGGUCACCAUCUCGGUCCAGGACGUCAACGAACCCCCGUAUUUCCCCACCAACCCCAAACACAUUCGCUUUGAGGAGGGGGUCCCCGCUGGUACCCGGCUGGAGACCUUCUCGGCCUCUGAUCCCGACAGGCUACAGAUGCAGCAGAUCAUCAGGUAUACAAAGCUGAAUGACCCGGCGAACUGGCUGUCGAUCAACAGGACCAACGGGCAGAUCGUGACCACAGCCAUUCUCGACCGGGAGUCCAGUUAUGUGAAGAAUAACAUCUACGAAGCCACAUUCUUGGCAACAGACAAUGGGUACCCUCCAGCCAGCGGGACAGGGACACUGCAGAUUUACUUGAUUGACAUCAACGACAACCCACCAGCGCUCAUUCCCAAAGAGUCCCAGCUGUGUGAGAGGACGAGCCGGACCACCCACGGGGUCAACAUCACUGGGGCCGACGCGGACACCGACCCCAACGCCGGGCCCUUCGUGUUCGAACUGCCCAGCUCUCCCAGCAGCAUCCGACGCAACUGGACCAUCACCAGGAUCAGCGGUGACUACGCACGCCUGGGCCUGCGGUACCAGGUCUAUCUGGAACCCGGGUUCUACGAAGUCCCCAUCAUCGUGUCGGACUCGGGGAACCCUCCUCUGUCCAACCGCUCCGUCAUCAAAGUCAAAGUGUGCCCCUGCGACGAGCACGGGGACUGCACCACGCUGGGGGCUGUGGCAGCUGCGGGACUGGGCACCGGAGCCAUCAUCUCCAUCCUCAUCUGCAUCAUCAUCCUCCUCAGUAUGGUCUUGUUAUUUGUGGUGUGGAUCAAGCGCAGAGAAAAAGAAAGACAAACCAAACAGCUGCUGAUCGACCCAGAGGACGACGUGAGAGACAACAUCCUCAAAUACGAUGAAGAGGGAGGAGGCGAGGAAGACCAGGACUACGACCUGAGCCAGCUCCAGCAGCCCGACUCUCUGGAGCACAUCAUCAGUAAGCCCCCUGGUGUCCGGAGGGUGGACGAGCGGCCCAUCAUCCCAGAGUCCCAGUUCCCCAUCAGACCAGUGGUGCCACACCCGGGAGACAUCGGGGACUUUAUACAUGAGGGCCUACGAGCGGCGGACAACGACCCCACAGCGCCCCCGUACGACAGCCUGCUGGUGUUCGACUACGAGGGCAGCGGCUCUACUGCGGGCUCCGUCAGCUCUCUGAACUCGUCCAGCACGGGUGACCAGGACUAUGACUAUCUCAACGACUGGGGCCCGCGCUUCAAGAAACUGGCCGACAUGUACGGAGGCGGGGCCGACGAAUGA